AGAGAGAGAGAGAGCGAGAGCGAGCGAACGAGGGGGCGGGCGCGCGAAUGCGCGCGUUGGCCGGGCCCCGCGGCCUCUCGGCUUCUUUCGGCGAUGGCGACGGCGACUUCGCCCUCGCCGCGGGACCCGGCCGGGGACUGGCAGGACUUCUCGGGCUUCCAGCCUUCGUCGGAGCCGAGCGGUUGCUGCCUGGAGCCCUCGGAGGCGGCGGGCGUGGAAGGAGGCCCCUGGGACGGCCGGGGCGAUCUGGGGACCGAGCUCCCGCUCUGCUUCCAACCUGCUCGGCUGCUGCCCGAGCAUUGCUUAGACCCGGAAGCCCUUCUCCCGCCUCAGCCCCUCAGCGAACGGAGCGCUUUGCACGAAGAUGAGAUUUGGAAUGCUCUGACAGAUAAUUAUGGUAAUGUAAUGCCAGUCGAUUGGAAAUCAUCCCACACCAGAACUCUGCACUUGCCAACCCUGAAUCUUUCUGAAAAGGGAGUUAAUGAUAAUUUGAACCUUGACUUGUCAGAUGAUGAAGAGUUGAGAGACCAGCUAGACAUGCAUUCUAUCAUUGUCUCCUGCAUCAGUGAAGAGCCUCUCUUCACAGCCGAACAGGUAAUUGAAGAAAUAGAGGAAAUGAUGCAGGAAUCUCCCGAUCCAGAUGAUGAUGAAACACCAAGCCAGACAGACCGUCUGUCCAUGUUGUCCCAAGAAAUUCAAACACUUAAAAGGUCUAGUACAAACCACAAUUAUGAAGAAAGGGUGCAAAAACUGACUGUGUCUGAGUUAAAUGAUCUCUUAGAAGAGAUUGAGGCAGCCAUCAAGGACUACUCUGAGGAGUUAGUGCAACAAUUAGCCCUACGGGAUGAAUUGGAGUUUGAGAAGGAAGUAAAGAACAGCUUCAUAUCUGUCCUGAUCGAAGUACAAAACAAGCAACGAGAACAAAAAGAAAUGGCGAAGAAGAAGAAAAAGUUAAAAAAUGGCACUCCUCAGAACGGAAAGCAAGAAAAAAGCCACCUGCCUGGAACACGCUUCAGUAUGGAAGGAAUCUCAAAUGUCAUUCAGAAUGGCUUUCGACAAACGUUUGGCAACGCGGGUGGAGAAAAACAGUAUCUGACAACUGUUAUUCCUUAUGAAAAGAAAAACGGACCUCCAUCAGUUGAAGACCUUCAAACAUUAACAAAAAUUCUUCAUGCCAUGAAAGAAGACAGCGAGAAAGUGCCAAGCUUAUUAACAGAUUACAUUUUGAAAGUUCUGUGUCCUACGUGAAAAGACCUAUGAAAAACAGCCUGGCGAAUUCCUGUGAAAAACGUUUUUCCAUGGAUUCUUUCAGACCCGACAGUUUGUUUGCACUGUGUUGAAUUCUAAUGUAUUUGUUACUUUCGUUGCCUACUUCAGUUUUUGAAUUCUGGAAUAAGUCAUCCAGAUCAUGUAAAAUUCAUCCUUUCCCCCACCCACCUAUAAACUGUUUGAACAAAUAAUGAAUUCUGUACAGUUUUACUCACAUGCGUUGUUUUGGCUUUUUAAAGACUAUUUUUACAUUAUAUGGCAUGAAAUUAUUUCAUUGAACACCUAUUUGUGGUUGUGGAGGAAAAAUAACAUCCGUAUAAAUAAAAGAUGCCUAUUAAACAUAAUGCACUUCUAAUAUAAAAGCUGCAGCAGGUCCAAGUAUUAAAUGUAUAAAAUGGAUCAAAAGCUGAGCCUGCACUGCAAAAUUCCAUUGAAGUUCUUCCUUGAAGGCUCUGGGAUGAAGAUGUUGAUAGAAACAGGAACUGACUUUUAAAGUAAGAAUAAAGACAGUAUUGUAGUAUUGUUUACUGAUUCAUUUGACUUUCAUUAACCUCUUUGAAGUAAAAAGUGGUAGAUUAUCAUUUCCCAUCAUUGGUUGGCCAUUUUUUUUCCCUUUCAAAGCCUAAUGUUGGCAUAGAGGGAAAGAUUUCCAAUAAAGAACGCCCUCGAUUUGUGUAAGAUGAAUUGUGCCCCAAAUCAUUGUCUCAUUAUUUUUAUUUUCUGUAGUUUUUAAUUUAAAACUAAUGUAGUUUAAUAAUAGUAUUGCUGCUAUUGUACUUUUUAACCCAUAUUAAAUGUUUGGUCAUCGUAUCUUUUGUAUGCUUCGAUAUGUUAAUGAACAAUUUUAAAACAUC